GAUAGAAAUGAUGGAAGAUACAAACUUGCUUCUUGAACCCAUAUCAGAAGAAACUUACAUAGUUAGCGUUUUAGCGCCAAUUCUUAAUAAAUUUUUCAUCAAAAAUAAAAAGAGCUGGCGUGUACAAUAUGGAGGUACUUUCCUUAAAGCGAAUACCAGAGACUGCAAUGCUCAGAAGGAAGAUAAACAUAGGUCUCCUGGUAGGAAGAUCGACACGAUUAUUACAUUAAAAGAGGAGGAUGAAGAAUUUUCCAUAGUUGAAGUCAGCGGACCUCCGUCAAAACAGGAUUGGACACAUUUCAAAGAAGAUAGAAUGAAGAUCACAAAAAUGCUCAAGACUUUAAUGAAUAAAUUUGCAGAACUACGUCCAAAUUCUAAUAUUAGACCGGUUAAGCUAUAUGCAAUGCAGUCAUAUUUAUAUCAGUUGAUUAUCUACGAAUUCCGACUUAAAUACUCUGAAGUUUACACAAUGGUAGAAGUAUUAAAAAUUCCUAUUCCAAAGACCUGGAAAGAUAUGAAAAAUGCCCAUGAUACCCGUCUAUUGAAUGAAAGUUCCGAAGUUAUACAAGGCUUUUUGUGGAAUGAUGACGAUAUGGAUAAGACCUCUCAAAAAAUGACAACAAGAAUGAUUUAUUCUCCUCUCAAAUGCGCUAAGAAAUCACGAACUAGUUAA